UCUUUGUAUUUUUUAUAUAUAUAAUCAAUUAGUAAUAAACAAUAAAAACUCCUUAGCCAUGGCGGUCUCUACUAGGGUCUUGUUAGCUUUACUCUUCUCUGCUUUUCUCUUAUCUGCAGCAAAUGCAUAUAGACAAUAUCCGGUUCAGCAAGGUCAGCACGGUCAGAGAAGCAUUCCUCUGACUCAAGCUCAACAAUGCCGCUUACAGAGGCUUACUGGAAGCCAGCCCUCUCAGCGCAUUGAGUCAGAGGGCGGCUACACUGAGGUGUGGGAUGAGAAUGAGGAGCAAUUCCAGUGUGUUGGAGUUGCUCCUAUGAGGAAUGUUAUUCGUCAAAAUUCUCUCUCUUUGCCUAAUUUUCAUCCCAUGCCUCGCUUGGUUUAUAUCGAGCAAGGCAGGGGAUUGAUUAGUGUGAUUAACCCUGGUUGUGCCGAGACUUUCCAGUCUCAGACCUUCCAGGCUGGCCGAAUGGCAGGUGAAGAGAGGGGUGAACGCCGCGGAAACGACCAGCACCAGAAGGUCCACCGCAUUCGCCAAGGCGACGUUGUGGCAAUUCCAGCUGGUGCUGCUCAUUGGUGCUACAACGACGGUGAGGAAGAGCUUGUAGCCGUCUCCAUUAACGAUCUCAACCAUCGGUCCAACCAGCUUGAUCAGAACUUCAGGGCAUUCUACUUGGCCGGUGGAGUACAAGAAACUAGUGGAAGGCAAAUUGGUGUAGGAAAGCAAAGCACACAGAAGUUCCAGAACAUUUUCCGUGCUUUUAACACAGAAUUGAUGGCAGAGGCCUUCAACAUCCCCGUAGAGAUUGUUAGGAGGAUGCAAGAAGAACAGAACGAACGUGGACUAAUUGUUAAUGUCAGGGAAGGAAUGAGCAUGAUUAGGGCUGAUGAAGAAGAAGAGGAAUUCGAAGGGCGAUCACAACGAGGACAGCGAUGGUGGGCAGAAGUAACUGGAAAUGGCUUGGAAGAAAACAUUUGCACAAUGAAAAUCCGCACCAACAUGGAUACUCAAAGACGAGCUGAUAUCUACUCAAGGCAAGCUGGCAAAAUUAAGCAUGUUAAUAGCCAAAAUUUUCCCAUCCUUAGAGACAUGGACAUGAGUGCCUCUAAAGGAACCCUAUAUCCGAAUGCACUGAUGAGCCCUCACUGGUCAGUGAAUGGACACAGCGUGAUCUACGUGCAAAGAGGAGAUGCACAAGUGCAGGUAGUAGACCACACCGGGCAACAAGUGAUGAAUGACAGGGUAAAUCAAGGAGAAAUGUUUGUAGUCCCUCAGUACUAUGCAUCAACAGUGAAAGCAGGGCAAAAUGGAUUUGAAUUCGCGGUGUUUAGGACAAGCAGUCAACCAAUGAACAGCCAACUUGCAGGUUACACAUCAGUGAUUAGAGCAAUGCCUAUUGAGGUCCUCACAAACGCGUACCAGAUAUCGCCAAAUGAAGCACAACGUUUGAAAAUGAACAGAGGAGGAGAAAGCUUCCUGCUAUCUCCCCAGAGAAGGUCAUUCUAAAAUGGCUUUAAUGUGUAAUAAUCCCACCUUGGCUAUCGCCUAGUACUACUCGUUUCUAGUCUUUGUUUUCAGGCAAAGAUGAAGCAAGAGCGACUUGUAUUUAGGAGCAAAUAAUGUAACGAAUAAAGCUCCUGCCUUUUUGUACCUAAAUCUCA